CUGGUGGAUGUAUUAAAAACUCCUUUGAGAGCUGGUCUGGGUCUCGAUAUCUCACAUUGAGGAAUCUUUCUGUGAAUGUUAGGUUCACGUGGUGUGUGUGUGUGUGUGUGUGUGUGUGUGCUGAGUUUCAUAGCUCAUAAAUCCCUGUAAUGGAAAACCUGUUGACACAGCCUCCCCAAGAGCCCUGCUAAUGUUACACAGCUACCUUUGGUGCCCGCCAGGCCAGCUCCCUCCCCCUCUGUGCAUCAAAGAUGCUGCCAGGCUCAUCACGCCGAGCCACCCAGGACCAGCAGCCACAAGCCAGGCCUGGGUGUGCAAUAGAUGCAGUAAAAAAAUUGGAAGAAAUGGGAUGCAGGGGGUCUUCCAGGAAUGGCCAUCUAGUCCAACCCCGUGAUCUACAAUUCGCACCCAGAACUCAGGGCUCUUUGAAUUCGCACUCUUUGAACUCAAGGGAACUUUGAAUAGGGUUUGAUACAUUCUUUGAGCCAGCCGGCUAUAAAAGCAGGCCGCCUGAGCAGCUCAGUUCAGUUCUGCUCCAGCUUCCAAAUAAAGAGCUUCUUGAAUAAAUCGCUGUGUCGUCUGCGAUGUCUACCCCACAACUUAACAACACCAGUGAAGGCAGAGAGUGGAGUGUGUGUACCUUUCGAAAGAGGGUUUGGGUAGAAAACCUCCCCAUGACAUUGCAUUCCAGUUUCCUAGGUCUUUUCCAGACAAAGCACAGCCGAUUAGACGGGACACCCAAAUUGUCAGCAGGUCAGGGGGCAGCUUGUGGCUCCUGGAAACCUCAUGACACAGCCUCUGCUUUUCAGGAUCUUUGUGAACCGGAGUCUGGCGCUGGAAAAGAUCAAAUGCUUUGGCUUUGACAUGGACUACACUCUCGCAAUGUACAAAUCUCCGGACUACGAGGAGCUCGCUUUUGAGCUGCUGCUGGAGCGCUUGGUGUCCAUUGGCUACCCCCACGAGAUCCUGGAGUAUAGAUACGACCCCACUUUCCCCACCAGGGGCCUCGUAUUUGAUGCCAUGUACGGGAAUUUGCUGAAGGUGGACUCCCACGGGAACCUGCUGGUCUGUGCCCAUGGCUUCCGCUUCCUCAAAGGGGCUGAGAUCUGGAAUUAUUACCCCAACAAGUUCAUCCAGAGGGAUGACAUGAAGAGGUUCCACAUCCUGAACACAUUAUUCAACUUGACAGAGACCUACCUGUUUGCCUGCCUGGUGGAUUUUUUCACCAACUGCUCCAGAUACGUGAACUGUGACACAGGCUAUAAACACGGGAACCUCUUCAUGUCCUUCCGGAGCAUGUUCCAAGAUGUCCGAGAUGCCAUGGACUAUGUCCACCUCUCAGGCUCCCUCAAGGAGAAGACGCUGGAGAAUCUGGAGAAAUAUGUGGUCAAAGAUCCACGGGUGCCUCUCCUGCUGAGCCGCAUGAAGGAGCACGGAAAGGUCUUUUUGGCCACCAACAGCGACUACAACUACACAGAUGCGAUCAUGACGUACUUGUUUGACUUUGGAGAAGACGACGUGCAGGAAGCACCCCAGAGCCGCCCCUGGCGCUCCUACUUCGACCUGAUUGUGGUGGACACUCGCAAGCCUCUCUUCUUCGCGGAGGGCACUGUCCUUCGGCAGGUCAACACGGACACAGGGAAGCUGCGGAUCGGUACCUACACAGGGCCCCUUCAACACUGCGCUGUCUACUCAGGAGGCUCUUCAGACAUGGUGUGUGACCUUUUGGGAGUGAAGGGCAAGGACAUCUUGUACAUCGGAGACCACAUAUUUGGAGACAUCCUCAAAUCCAAGAAGAGGCAGGGGUGGAGGACCUUUCUGGUGGUGCCCGAGCUGGCCAAGGAGCUGCAAGUCUGGACAGAGAAAAGCGAACUUUUUGAAGAGCUGCGGAGCUUGGACAUCUUCUUGGCUGAGCUGUACCAGCACCUGGACAGUGGGAGCAACGAACGGCCAGACAUCAGCUCCAUCAAGAAGCGGAUCCAGAAAGUCACCCACGAGAUGGACAUGUGCUACGGGAAGAUGGGGAGCCUCUUCCGCUGUGGGUCCCGCCAGACCCUCUUUGCCAACCAGCUGAUGCGCUACGCAGACCUUUAUGCCGCCUCCUUCAUCAACUUCCUCUAUUACCCUUUCAGCUACCUUUUCCGGGCACCACCCACCCUGAUGCCCCAUGAAUCUACUGUGGAGCACACCCGGGUGGAGUUCAGCGAGACGGGUCUCCUGGCAGGUCAUGUGAUGCCCCAACAUAGGCCACUGCAGAAGCUGCACAGCGCUUCCCAGGAAGACACAGACGAUGAGCACGACUGAGCCAGACCCCAACGGAGGAUGCAGAAGGGAAAUCUUGAGUGGGAUGAACGCCAUAAGCUGCUAAGAGAGGGGUGGGGGGAGGAGAGUUCCGCCCCAGACCCUUCCUUGCGAGGCUCCCGAUUCCAAAGUGAGGCAAAGGGCUUCUGCUCAGCUUCCCAGCGGGUGGCUCCAAGAGGUCAUUUCAGGAGGCUUACCCCAAAGGGACAGCACCCCACGGCUGCUUUGCAGUGCCCAUCAGCUUUCCAAAGUGGGAGCUUUCUGGGGAGCCCCCCCAGCUGAGCUUCUUAGGGCUGCUUGCUUCAACCACCUCCCCAAAGGGCUUUUGAGAUCCCUUCCUACGCCCAAGCACCUGGGGCCCAGGAUUUAAGGGAGAAAUCCAGCGUGACCCUCUGCCGCUGUGCUGGAGGGAAGCCUCUUCCCUCAAGGCUCCAGCCACUAGGCCCACCUGCUCUUCCAAAGGCUCAAGAAGUCCUGGGCGGGGGGGCAGAAAGCAGGAGAUGCUUACAGCAAAGGAGAGGCUCUCUGGUGGCGUCGGAGAAAUCCCAAGCCCCUCUUCUGCCUGGGCACCGAGGGAGGUUGCCAAAAAUGUAGGGGGCUGUGGCUCUGUGUUUUGACAGGAACAGCUGUGGCCUUGUCGCUGAGCACUGGCAACCCAGGCAAGGCCCUCAGCUGUCCCUCGAGCACAAGGACCUCCCAGAGGAAGAGAGUGCCCGAGGGAGAAGAGGCAGCCGGCAUUUGGGGGCACCGUGGCCGCCCACUGAGGGUGGGCUUGCAACGGAGCGGAUUUGAGCCUGAAGUGACUUGCAGAGAACUCAGAAGCAGCCCUAGAAAGGAGUUUAGCAACAGCCCCACGCCAGGUCCAAGGGAAGCCCUGAGCUUCAAUGCACCCCCCCCCUUUGCCACAAUGCCCUCUCUUGCGAGAAACAUGGAAGAGCAAACAAUCCACUCGCAGCUCCCAGGAAAUCCGCACAAAUGCCACCACCAUUCACAGGCACCUGGCAGCCAAGACUUGGACUUCGUUGAGGUCUAGGGUGAGG